AUGGCGCCGGCGGCGGGGCCCUCGGCAUCGACUCUGUGGAGAGUAUGCAACUUGCUCAUGGCUGCCUUCUUUGCGCUGGCAGCCUUCGUGCAGGUAAAUGAUCCAGAUGCAGAGCUGUGGAUGCUGGUGUACACAAUACCUGCAGGACUGACCCUGUUUGUUGGACUUAACCCUCUUGUCACAGGUAACUGUAUUUGGAAGAGCAUCUCUGCAAUACACAUAUUAUUUUGUAUCAUAUGGGCUCUCGGCUUAGGAUACUACCUCUUUCUUCAUACACAACAGAAUAUCUUACACGAGGAAGAAGGCAGGGAGCUGUUUGGUCUGGUGAUUAUAUUAGCAUGGAUGAGCCUAUGCUAUAGUUCAUCAAAGAAUCCAGUUGGUGGAAGAAUUCAAUUGGCUAUUGCCAUUGUAAUCUCUCUUUUUCCAUUCAUCUCAUGGGUCUACAUAUAUAUGAACGAAGAGAUGAGGUCCUCCUGGCCAACUCAUUGCAAGACAGUAAUUUAAAUUAAUUCAAUGAUCCCAUUCUUAAAAUUAGUUUUUCAA